UGUGGUGAAACGUACUUAAUCCAGUUUGGUAUUGUUUUUGUUACGAACUUGGCGAGAAACAAAAGUUAUUGACAAAUCUUUGGCAAAUUCAUUGAUUAUUUAUCAUAUCUUGGAAAUUCGCUACGGAUGUAUACUUUCUUUGUGACUUCAUUUUAGUAUUUUAUCCUUAAAUAGUGAAACAUGCUUGGAAUCUUAUUGAGGUAGUAAGCUACUGUAUCAGUUAUACAAAUCAAAAAUGAAUACUGGAAAAUUUUAUCCUGUGAUGCUUUUGGCAUGUGCCACCUUAGGUGUCAGUAUUGUUUGCAUUGUUAUAGCUUUUACUACACCCUACUGGUUAGUUUCGGAUGGAAGAGCACCCGUUGAAAGAUUUCAAAGGUUAGGAUUGUGGGAGGCCUGUUUCAAAGGAUUUGUUGACAUUUAUUACCGUUAUGAUCGAGAAUUUAGAGGAUGCAAGUGGAUAUUUGAUGAAGACUAUAACUUCAUUCAAGAUUUUUUGUCGCCACCAUUUUUCGUUGCUGUCCAAGUUCUGUUCACACUAGGGUUAGUGUGUUUAAUACUGUCCUGUCUUGUUCUGAUGGUAUUCACCAUGUGCCUGGUAUCAGAUAAAGAUGUAGUUGUUCUAAGGUUGCUGUCCGGGCUUGUUUUAACAGCAGGAGUAUUCAGUCUUGUUGCUGUUAUAACCUUUGGAGCCUUUGGAGAUGAAAGGAAUUGGAUGCCAGAUCCUGAUCACAACUAUUUGUCAUGGUCUUUUGGGUUGGCAGUUAUUGGUGCUCUUUUGGAACUUGGUUCUGGAUCAUUAUUUCUAGUUGAAGGUCAACUUGCCAAGCGUCGGGUUCAAGACAGAAAUCAACAAGUUUUUACAUUAAAUAAUUUCAAAUGUUGAUGUGCUGUAUAUUUUCUCAAAUGAAUUUCACCCUGUCUCUAAACUGGUAUUUUGUUGGAAAUUUUAGAAUGGUAUAUAUACCAUGUUUUUAAACCGUUUGUUGUUGCAGCAAAAAAACGUGAUAUUUGCAAUUGACAAUGAACAUUUUUGUGUUGAGAGUAACAUGCAGCUUUGUUGGAAAAAACAAGAAAUAAAAUGAUUUUAACAUUACUCACCAAAAUGAAUUGAAUGAAUGUGCUGCUUAAUAUUUUUUAAGAGAAAAAUUUUAUCAUUACAAAAUUAAGAAAUAUAAAAACGGAAACAUGAGUAAGAUUAAUUGGACGUUUUCGGGAAAAGAACAAAAUCGGACUUAUUUCCGGUGACUCGCCAGAAAUAAUCGGUCUUUCGCUGAUGUAUUUGGUAUGUCCACAUUUACCUGAUUUCAGACUACCACAGUAACAAAUACACGUUUAAAGAACCUCAUAAACACAAUAAGUACCACUCCUGUACAAAAUAAAAUUGGUAAGCCAUGUUUGCAGACCAAGGUAAAUGCUGGCAUGAAAAGUAGUUAACAGCAUUGAAUUUUUAUGAAAAUUAAAUAAUAAAAUUCUAGGAAAUAAAUAAAAAUUCACCUCCCCUUUCUCUCCUAAUUAUAAUUAAUCUAAAAUACCAUUCAAUACAAUGUAAACGGAAGUUUUAAUCUUAAAUAAAGUGUACAUUUAGGUUGUGCAUAAUAUUGAUUUAAAAUGUAAAUUCAGAUUGUCUCCCAAAAAUUUUUAUGUCUGUAGUCGACUGUCAUAAAAUUUACUGCCGUUUUUCACAGCAGACGGUCACAGGUAUAUGAAAGUAAGCAGGACUGAUGCUUGUUAUCUGUCAUCAUGUCAUGCUAAUAAUGUCAUUAUUUGAUGUUUGUUACUUCUAUAUAGAUGAAAUAGUAAUCAAAAGCCUUUGUGGUGAAGAAAAUUGCUUGGACUGAAACUUAUUUACAUGAAAAGUCCUUAAUGCAUGCUCAUAAAUUGGUCAUAUGACUUUGGUACAACAUUUUAUAUCAUAAACUUAUAGAUUACUGCUUGUAAAUUCAUUCUCUUUAUACUGUUUAAUUUUUUACUUACAAAGUCCUUUUUCAGUCAAAGAAUCUGAAUUUUUUUUCAACUCCCCAUCCUCUACUUCCAUACCACAGCAUGACACUAGAGCUGUUGCAUAUGUAAGAUUUGUCAUCAAAUUCAAUCAAUCGUCAUUUUCAUCUUUUAUUCACAAUCUUAAGAUCUGUCUCUCCAUCUUUCUUCUGGUGCAAAAUAUCUUCACUAACAUUCUUCAAUUUUAUUAAGAGCCUUUUUAAUAAUUGUAUUGUUGUGAUCAUUUCAAUUAUGGCUGUUAUUUGCAAAUUUAAUUCCCUUAUUGUAAAAUGCAAAAUUGUGCAAUGCCAUUUAAUGAAAUUUUUUUUAAUUUAAAUCAAGAAAGAAAUUUCUGUUUAAACGUAUUUUGGCUUAAUUUAAACAUUCCAUCAUUAUUAUUUAUAUUUAAAGCAUGAUAUAUCUGUAGAUAUUUCAAAUGCAACAAACAUUCCAUGUAAAAUGUGUAUAUAAUAUGAUGUAUUUUAUUAAGUGAAUGUGUGUAUAUAAAUAAAGCAUUUGAGCUCUUUAUCUUCGUUAGUUUUAACUAUGCAUACUGUUUAUACUUUCUCUGGUUGUGUUUUCAACAAUUUCGUGCACAAAUUUAUUGCAUGUUUUAAUGUAUAAAAAAUAAUUUGCACUAGAUGUUUGUUUAAUAAUUAUUAAAUGUUUAUACUUGUAUAAUUAAGACAUCAACUAUAUUCAAUAAAACUGUUCUCAAUUUUUUUUUUUUUUUUACAUAUUAAAAGUUUUACAGAGAAAAAAGUUUUGCAAGACGGUGAAAAUUAAUCCAAAUUGAUGGUUGUAUUUUGUUAGUUAAAACAUUUUGAUGGCAGUAAACAGUAAAUCUUAAGACAAUCUUUUGAACUUAAUCUAGUUCAAGGCUAUUAAAUAUUCUCUACUCUGUAAAGAGUGACAGCUUCAAAAUUUUACUGAUGUUGAACAUUUGUUGAAAAAUUUUAAAAUUGUUGUAUUUGUUUUUAUUGCACUGGUUUCAUUUAUUCCAGAAUUUGUAUUUUUGUUAAUAUUGUCAGUAUUUUUUAUCAUUUUAGAAGUAUGAAUAAACAAUUUACAUA